AUGCAAAUAUUGGGAAAAAAUUUGAGUGAAAUAAGAAAACAUCAACCAAAAAAACGUUUAAGUAUUUCAACAGUUUCACGAGUUGGGCUGCAGUUGGUAACAGCCUUGAAAGCUGUGCAUGAUAUUGGAUAUAUACAUCGAGAUGUGAAACCUUCGAAUAUUUGCAUUGGACUUUAUCCACAUAAACGAAUAAUUUACAUUGUCGAUUUUGGUAUGGCUCGACAAUAUCGCUUUGAUGAUGGUAUGGUACGAAAAGAACGGUAUUAUGCUGGUUUCCGAGGUACCAUGCGGUAUGUAUCCGUUACGGUACACGAGAGGCGAGAUCAGGGUCCUGUCGAUGAUUUCUGGAGUAUGUUCUAUUCGCUGAUCGAACUGCUUCAGGGUUCGCUACCGUGGAGUUCAUUUGUGGAACCGAAUGAAAUUGCAAAAUACAAGAAAAAUGUCACUUUUGAUGAAUUUGGAAGAUUGGUGCCAAAAGAAAUGGAGACAAUAAUGAAACAUUUAUCACAGUUGCAUUAUCAUCAAAUUCCCGAUUAUGAACUUCUCACAGGAGAGUUCAAUAAAGUGUUACCAAAAAAUACACCAGAAGAUUUGCAAUAUGAUUGGGAAACAGCAAAAAUUGAUCCAAAUUAA